AAACAAACAUCAAAGGAAACUUUCCUCAUCAAGUGCCUUAAUUUCACAAAUAGUAAUUUAUGUGAUACAAUUUUAUAUUAAUACCAUUUGUGAGAUACCUUUUUAUGUGAAGAAACUGUGUGUGCAAAUUGAAUUGAGUGGUUGGACAAACAUGAAAUAUGGUAUAGAAAUUCCAAUUACCAUAAAACUUACUGGAGUGCAAUAACAGGAGAGAGAGAGACCUUAUGUGCAGCAAGAAAAACACUCCAAAAAGCAACAGGAAGUUACAAAAAUAGAUAAGCCUAGCAAACAAGUGAUUGACCAGCAAACAAUACCUUUUCAGCAUUCUCUUUCCUGAAUAUAUACACUUUGAAUAUUGUAGAAAACAUGUUGAAUUGUUUUAGCACUAUGAGUGUGCCUACAUUGGGUGAGAUGGAGCAAACAAUUUGUAUGCUUGAACGUGGCACAAUUAUUACCAAGCUCUACUCUAAGCAUCGUCCAGAGCAGCGGCGUCUAUUGUUGGUACGCGAAACACGGCAACUUCUGUGGUCAUCCGUUAUGGCAGAUACCCGCACCGACUAUGAAGGAUCACUAGAAUUACGGGAAAUACGAGAGAUUCGAGUUGGAAAGUGUUCGAAAGAAUUUCGCAAUUGCGCUGAAGAUACGAAACGUUUUGAGCCGGCAAAGUGCUUUGUAGUAUUGCAUGGCAGUUCAUUUAAAUUAAAAACUUUUUCCGUUGUGGCACUCUCCGAGCAGGAAGCAGACCAUUGGGUACGUGGUCUUCGUUAUAUGGUACAGGACACGGUGACAGCACCCUAUCCACUGCAAGUAGAACGUUGGCUUCGUCGAGAGUAUUAUGCCAUAGAGAAUUCGAGUGUGCAGUCUUCGAAAGAUGGUGGUCAAGUGACAGUAAAAGAUUUUAAAUCGUUUUUGGCUAGUAUUAGCUGCAAAAUGACUACCAGCAAGUUGAUGGAAUAUUUUUCUGAAGAUGAUGUAAGACGUAAAAAUGAUUUACGUUUUGAUGAUUUUUCCCGAUUGUAUCGAAAACUGCUUUUGCCAAAUAAUUUUCUGGAAGAAAUGUUUUACAGCACUCCUGGCGCAUUUCCAUACUCAAAGAAUGACGAAACAGUUACAUUGCGAGAAUUCCAAAAUUUUUUGGUGCAAGAGCAACAUGAGAUAAUGGGACGAGAUGAUGCCUCGGUUUCAAACUUCAUACGCGACUUCUUGCAAGAUGUUGAACGUGAUGUGCAGGAGCCUUAUUUUACUUUAAGCGAGUUUCUAGAUUACCUCUUCUCAAAGCAAAACGACCUCUGGGAUCGCAAUUGUGAUCGUAUUUACAUGGACAUGAAGCAACCUAUGUCUGCAUAUUGGAUUGCAUCUUCGCACAACACUUAUCUCACUGGUGAUCAAUUUUCCAGUGAAUCGUCAUGUGAAGCGUAUGCGCGUGCAUUGCGCAUGGGAUGUCGUUGCAUUGAGCUGGAUUGUUGGAAUGGGGCAGAUAAUCUGCCAUACAUUUUUCACGGGCACACAAUGACUUCCAAAAUUAAAUUUAAAGAUGUAAUCAAAACGAUAAAAGAACAUGCUUUCGUAACCUCCGAGUAUCCAGUGAUUUUAUCAAUUGAGCAAAACUGUUCUUUGGAGCAGCAGCGUAAUAUGGCACAGGCACUAAUUGAGGUCUUCGGUGACAUGCUGCUGACCCAGCGUUGUGAUCGCGCUGAAGUACAACUUCCAUCACCACACCAGUUACGUCGAAAAAUUAUACUUAAGCACAAAAAACUGCCGGAAUAUGAAGAUGGAUGCCCUGGUGGACCCAGUAUAGUAGGUGGUGGCUCUGGUAUCUCGUCGAAUAAUGGAAGUAGAUCAUCCAUUAGUGGUGGAAAUGGUGAUGACAAUGAAAAUGUGCGCAAUUUCCUCAAAGAGGGAAUGUUGUUCUUUAAAGAUCCAGUGGACAAAGCUUGGAACCUCUAUCAUUUUGUCUUAACACAGCAGCAAUUAAUUUAUUCGUCGCAUUCUGAUGAAAACAAUACUGGUGGUGGAGAUGAUGAUGACAACGCCUUGUCGCAGGGUUCAUCGUCAACAAUAAUACCCAAAUCGAAAGAUAAUUUUGUGAAUGACGAGCUGCACUUCGGUGAAAACUGGUUCCAUGGGAAACUGGAAGGUGGUCGGCAAGAGGCUGAUCAACUUUUGGAGGCCUACAAGCAUCUUGGUGAUGGAACAUUUCUAGUGCGCGAGUCAGCCACCUUUGUUGGUGAUUACAGUUUGUCAUUUUGGCGACGAAAUCGCCCGAAUCACUGUCGUAUUAAGUUGAAACAUGAAAACGGCGCAACUAAAUUUUAUCUAGUCGAUAAUUUCGUGUUCGAUUCGCUUUACUCGCUUAUUGUUUACUAUCGGAAGAAUAUGUUACGCAGCUCCGAAUUCUCAAUCACGUUAAAGGAACCUGUACCACAACCGAAAAAACACGAAACACAAGAAUGGUUUCACCCAAAUACAACCAAAGAGCAAGCGGAGCAAGUGCUUAUUAAACUGGAUGUGGGCUCAUUUCUUGUGCGCCCAUCAGUCCAAAGCACCAAUGCUUUUGUCAUAUCAUUUACAAUUAAUCGCAAAAUCAAGCAUUGUCGCAUCAUGCAAGAGGGUCGCCUCUAUGUCGUGGAUACUAUUCAAUUUGAAUCGCUUGUUUCGUUAGUCAAUUAUUACAUACGCAAUCCACUAUAUCGAAACGUUAAGCUAUUGUACCCAGUGUCUCAGGAAUUGUUGCGCCAAAAACUGCUCGCUUGUCAGGCAUCGUUGGAGCAUCAAAACGGCAGUGACUUCAGCGAUGCCUCCAGUUAUAUGGAUCCCAGUCUGGAUGACCGUGUGACAUGUAAAGCACUCUACAGUUACAAAGCUAAUAAACCGGAUGAAUUGUCAUUUCCAAAGCAUGCGAUUAUUAUGAAUGUUCACAGGAAUACGUCGAUGUGGUGGCGCGGCGAUUAUGGAGGUAUGGUUCAGCGCCACUUCCCGGCUAACUACGUAAAGGUGAUUGACUCUGCUGGCGAUGAUUACAAUUCCUUUAGUGACGAAAAUAACAGCGAAAAUAUCUCACGCACCGAUUCCAUUGACAUUCAUGGUGCAAUUGUGCACCUUUCCGAAUCAAAUGAACCAGGCAUAUUAUUCCAGUUACAAAUUCAAACACCCACCAUGCAAAAUUCCUUCAUCAUCGGCUUUGAUAAUCAAGAAUUGGCUUAUGAAUGGAUAAAAGCCAUACAGGAGGGUGCACAAAUCGCCAAUCAACUGGCAACAGAGCGUCGUAAAAAGGAGCGUUCGGCACGGGUGGCCAAAGAAAUGUCCGAUUUGAUUAUUUACUUUCGAAGUGUGCCAUUUCGUGAACAUUCCUGGGUAUUCUACGAAAUGUCCAGCUUUCCCGAAACUAAAGCCGAGAAACAGUUCUUGCAACAGAACAGUAUGCUCUUUUUGCAAUACCAUCGCAACCAGAUCAGCCGUGUAUAUCCGAAGGGUCAACGCUUGGAUUCGUCCAACUUCAAUCCGGUACCAUUUUGGAAUGUGGGCUCACAAAUGAUUGCGCUCAAUUACCAGACCGGUGACAAGGCAAUGCAGCUUAACCAGUCAAAAUUUCGAGACAAUGGGAAUUGCGGUUAUCUGUUGAAACCGAAGUUUAUGCAAGUUGAAGGCUUCGAUCCAAAUAACCCACUAGCCAUCACCUCAUUAGAGGAGCGCUUUAUAACAAUACGUAUCAUAGCCGGACGCCAUUUGUUCCGCGGUGGCAAAUCCAACAACCCGCUAGUCACUGUAGAGAUAUGUGGCGCUAGUUUUGAUACGGGCAUUAAACACCGCACAAAGGGUAGCGAGAACGGUUUCAACCCAGUGUGGAAUGAAAAAUGUGAGUUUGCCGUACGCAAUCCACAUUUUGCGCUGCUACGUUUCGAGGUACAAGACGAAGAUAUGUUUGCAGAGACGCAUUUCAUAGCGCAAGCAUGUUACCCAUUGAAUUGCAUACGAACAGGCUAUCGUAGCAUAACGCUGCGCAAUAAAUUCAGUGAGGAGCUCGAACUGGCCUCGCUGCUUGUGCAUAUAGACGUUAAACACACCGCCACAAAUGCUGCUAAUGAGCACACGGUUGUUGUGGGGUUUUAAAAAGUUGAAAGAAUUGAUAAAACAAAUGUUGUUUUAUGAAAAGCUAACUUGAUACGAGUGCAAACACUUUUUGUUGUAUGUUUGUUAGCAAGUGUCCUUUAACGAACCAACGUACCCAACGAACAAAUGCCAAAAGGCAUGAUUACAUAAUUACAUAGUAUAGUAUGUUUUUGAAACAAUUGAACAAAUUUAACACUUUUUUAAUAAUUAUUAUUAAACAUUUACAAUUUUUGCAUUUAUUGCAUAUGUUAGGAGAAGAUGAAAGAUUCUCGGGAAACAUGUGAUAAAUAGAGAAUUAUUAAUUGGUUUCCUUCCUUCUGCAUAAGGAAAUAUGGAAACCACCUAAAGAAAAUUAAAUAUAGAAAAGAUAACAUUUCUUUCCAGAUUUCUUCAUCUCGCCAUUAAAUGCAUCUACAUAUUGUAAAACUAUUGUUUUCGCAAUAGAGUUAUAGCACUGAAACUUUUCUUCCAUUGACUAACUAUUGCAACUCUUAUAUAAAGACUUAACAUUUUUUAUGUAUGGUAUGUAUCUACUUCUAAGCAAAAUGUACUUUAUUAAUUGCACGCAACACUGCAUAUAUUAUAUUUUAAAUUUUAUUACAUCUUAUAUAUUUAUAGUAUCUAUAUAUGUGCGUAUGUAUGGUUAUCAUAUGUCUAUGUAAAUUUACCAAAAAAAAAUAUGUAUACACAAAAACCUAUUUUACAGAUGUCUCAAAUUGUAAGAACAUAGAAAUUCGAAAAAUGGUUCCAAUGCGAAAGAAAACAAGUUACGAGUUAUGUUACGAAAGACGGUCUUAAUUGUAACCAGAUCUACACCUUUCACAUUUCCAUUAGGCUUUUUUAGAGAUUCGUCUAUAUAAAAUCACAUGCACAAAAUAAACCAACAGGAUUUUUAAAUUAAGCGUUGAGACAAUGUUCCAAGACACCCCAACGUCGCCUAGACCAAGUUCUGUGGGGGAAUCGCAGAUUUUUAGACCACCACCCGGACAGUAUGUUCCUACGUUAUCAAGGACUGUUACUCCAACAGCAGGAGGAGUGUUUAUACUGGUAAACGAUUAAAGUAUUGCUUUUGUUGUUGUUACAGCAGUUACAGCAGUUGCACCAUCAGUCUUAUGAAAGAAUUCAGAUUCUUUAAGUUGCCUAGGAAUUUUUUUGCGUAUUAAAAGCAUCAGUUAUUUGUUGUUGUUGUUGUAGCAGCAAAAAGAUUCCCCAUACUUACAUACGGGAAAUGAUGCUGGGGCGACAGUCCUUGGCCGGAUAUAAAUCCGGGUCGUUUCGGUAACGUAGCACCGACUGUCUUGGAAGCGAUCAGUUGUUUGUCAUGUUUCAUGGUGAGUGAACGCUCAGAAAUUUUAAUUGUUCAGUUGAACAAUUCCAAGUUUUCCAUACAUAUAUUUAUUUAUGUAGUAUAUAUUUUUGUUUUUGUUAUAUUGUCACCAAACUAUUUGAGGGAGGGAGGGAGUAUAUGUACCAAUAAGACAAGACAAUAAAGUUAUAUAAUUCAUUGAAUUUCGGAGAAGAUAUAGAACGUUGAAAUAGAAAGUAUUAUCACAGUUUUGCACUUCAAUGUAUGGUGUUUGUUACUAACUGGAGUAAUAACUUGCGUUUUAAAACUAAGAUUAGUUGGUUCCUUACUUGCAUUUUAUUCCAUGCAAACCUUGAAGUCCAUUGAAAUCUUUGCGAAAGCGUAGUAAAAAUAAAGAUUGCGUUGUUUACCAUCUUUACUUCUACUACGCUUUCUAAGUCAAUUGCUAUGCAAGUUUCUAUUUAUUCAUAUAUAAAUGUAUAUAAUUUUGCUUUAAUUUUUGGCAAUG